AUGCCGAUAUGCAUCACCUGCAGCACUCCUGUCAAGGAGCUGUACACCGUGUACAGCAAAGCCGACGAUCGAACUCUCGGGAAAGGAGUCCGCCUCACCCAGUGUCCCAACUGCAAGCGAUUUGCCGACAAAUAUGUCGAGCAUGACUUUGUCGUCUUGUUCAUUGACCUGGUCUUGAUCAAGCCCCAACAGAUCUACCGCCACCUCCUGUUCAACCGGCUCGGACGCUCGGACGACAAAUUCGACCCGAGCAUCUUGAGACUCGGCACGUUGCUAGUCCUCUUUGACGUGUACAUCACCUGGGCACGCGUCGAGAAGUCCAAUGCAGGGAUCGGUGGCGGCCGAGUCGUCGACUCACGGCUCAGUGAUAUGCCCAUCCUGGCACAAUACUUCUUCUUCCUGACCAUGAAUAUCCUGGCGACAGUCGCUCAGCAUGGGAUCAUUCGCCUGUUGACGAGAAUCCUGGUCUCUGAUCGGUCAAGGCAGAGUCAGGUCCACGAGGCCGCGCCGCCAGCCCCGGCAUCCACGACGACUGCGGAAGCCAGGCCAACGCUUGCGACGAGCCAUGCGAACCCCAGCGCCAUCAGCACCGCCCUGCUCGUCUCCAGCUGUACCAAGCUGUUCCCGAUUUUGCUGGUCAUAUGGCCGACAGAGGCGAAUGAGGGUGACCCGUUCGGGUUUGCGUUUCGAGCGACGAAUUAUGUGGGCUGGGCCGUGCUUCUCAACAACAUCGAGGCCUUGUUGAUUCUUCUCGACUGCGGGUAUGUCAUUGCGACGGCUUUGGCAGUCUCGGGGUUCAUUGCAAGGUGGAUGGUGGAAGGAUGGUUCUUAAGCUUUGUAGGGUCGGCACGGGACACCGGUCCAGUGGGAGACCUUCUUGCCGCUUACUCCUUCAUGAGAGCUUGGCUAGGUCAAGGUUGA